AUGUCUUAUCUAGAUAUCGAGUCACUCCGCAACGCUGCAGACCUAAUAAACUCUACCCUUCUUUCCAAAGGCUAUGUGGACGAAAAGCUUUACUUUAAUACCAUUGAUUGGUCCCAUUUGCUGUCAGAUCAACCACAACAAGUCUCCCUUGAGACCACCGAUGUUGUUUACAAUAAUGACAAAAACAUAAUAAACAUUGUUUUUUCGCUUUUAAAGUCAAUAGAGCGAAAUAAAGCACAGAACCAGGCUUUCAAUCGCCAAUUGUCCCAGAAAGAUGCCACCAUUGCCAACUUGAACAAAAAAAUCGACCAGUUAACCACCCAAGUAUCGCAACAACAGAUGCAAAUCAGUAAGCUUUACCAGUUUGACCAUACCCAAUUGAACAAAAAGGUACAAUCUUUGACUCAGAUAAACAAACUCCAAUCACAAGAUUUAAAUCGACUCAAUAACUGGUGCAAGGACAUCAAAACCAAGUAUGGAGUCGAAAUAAGGCGUCGAAAUAUCGAGAUAACGUCUUUAAAAUCAAAGCUUUUGGAGAAGAGGAACUUGUCGUCGACAUUGACAAUGGGACUUCCAUAUCCAUCACCAGAUACAGCAACCAGUUCACAUGAUUUGAAUGAGACCGUAAACCCCAAUAUCAUCUACAAUAACACUCCCAUUGUCAAUAAUGCUGCUUCAAGUACAGCGCUUCUGCCUCGAAAGCUCACACCAAUUGUGAGCCAAGAAUAUGAGACAAUUGCCAAUCUGUUGACAGAAAUGGUCCAGAAUUUGAUACGAGAAAACUACAAGUUUUCCAAAUUUUUAUCACUGAUCAACAACUACGUCCUGAAUCUCAACAAUGGCAUGAGCAGCACGCUAGCGGACGUCCCCAGCCCAUCUGAAAUAGUUGACUUGCGAGAACUCACUUCUGAGGCCCUCAAUAGUGUCAGCUCAAAAGAUCUCAACAAUGACAUAGAAGCGUUCGAGCCACUCGCAAAGCCAUUUUUGAACAACAUCUACAAACACUAUCAUAACGUCGUUGAGCUUGUGGAGCUAAAGAUGGCCAAUUAUGGAGGAGCUUACUCCAGUGAAACUGUUGACAAACUUGAGAAGGAAUUGGAAAUUGUACGCAAGAAUUGGCAAGAUUCGCUCAAAACGUUGGAAGAAUGGAAACAAUACAAAGGUGGGUAA